AUGUUCAUACGGCCACUCGACAGCCGAGGAGAUGACACUUCAAUUCUCAUUUUAGGUGGGCUGACAGCGUUACAUGACUUCAUCGACCUGGGUUAUGAUGUGGCCUCUGGAGAAAUCGGCAAUGUAAUGGCUUCCUUGUGCAGAGGAGACCUUGGGCCCGGGCCUAUGAAGAGGGCUUAUGGUCGGAUCGGAGCCCUGCUGACCUGGGCGAUGGAAAACCGCAAGUACGAGCCAGACACCUUAUUUAUCAUGGAGACUUUUAUAUGGCAGAUGGCAAAUGCUCGUCACCGUGUUAUGGAGAAUGCUACUGCUGUCCCCGAGAACCUCAGGAUUAGGGUACAAUGGAAAUUUGAGGGAGAUCUUCCUAUGUAUUACGAUCUUGUGGACGACUCAGGAUACUCACAGCAUACGCCUGAGCGGUAUCAAAUUGCAAUCCCUUGGUCCGGGGAAGUGGUGACAGGUGGAGAUUAUGUCUCCAGAGUUGUGGAGCUAGCUGAAAGACCAGAAGAGCAAGAGGUUAUCAACUUGUUCUAA